AACAAGCAACACCCUUAGGUACACUUGGCUCUUCCUUGUUCAUUGAUCCCAUUCCCUUGGAGUCCUUCUAUGAAACUGUGUUUGUGCAUGGGCCCUACCUUAAUUUAUUUCCAUUAUCCUCAUUUUACAAACCAAUUAUUACCCACGCCUAAAUACCGUAUAUAAGUGCCCGCAAGUGUGGCAUAUGCGAUACAACGUCUUGUCUCGGCAAUUGAAUUUGGAAGGCCUGCGCAAGUUAAUUAGUGAUUCAUUCGAGACCUUUUCUGUAAUGGGAGUUUCAGCAGGCGAACAUUCUCUUCUUGUUUCUUUCAAGGGUAAGGUCCAGGGAAAUGAAGAAAUGGUGCACAAGUCAAACGAGACUCUGUGGGAAAACGUCAUGGAAGGACAAGCCAAGAGAAGAUGCCCACCGAGGAAACACAAACACGGACGACAUGCCGAGGGCAAGAGACCUAGAAGGAUUUUGAUGAAGAGAAUGGCACGUGUAGAAGGUUCUACUAGAAGGGCUGGGUAUGGUGUUGGGAGAAGAGUUAGAACCCUGAAGAAGCUCAUUCCUAAUGGCGAAUCCUUGGGAUUGGAUGGGCUUUUCAGAGAGACAGCUGAUUACAUUUUGUCUUUGCAGACGAGAGUGAAAGUCAUGCAGAUAAUGGUUAAGGAAUUAACAGGUUCGGACGAGUAGCUAGUAAACUAAUUCAUUUUGUAAAGGCUAUCAUCCCUCUCUCUCUCUCUCUCUCUCUCUCAAAUUUUAAUUUCUUUUCUUCUCAUAAUCUGCUAUCCUUUAUGUUAUUCAUAGCCGUACGAAUAGGACUUCGUUUUGUAAGUCUACAUAUAUGUGGACGUGAUUGUCUAGAUAUAACAGCGCGCAGCAGCUUUGUGUGAGAAGUGGCUAAUUAGCGAGGAUGAACAAGUGAAUUGAUUAUCAAAUUCACCACUGUUAUAUAUUUUCCACAGCUCCAUGCAUUCAACUUCUCCACUCUCGAAAGCAUGUAAAAAUAAGCUAUUAUAAUCGCAUUACUGUGACGUGGUUGGAAAUGGA